UCAAGACCCAACUUCAGCCACGGUACUGUGGUACUCUCAUCAGCUAGACCAGCUUGGUUAACUUGGUCUACUGACUUCUGCUCUUCCACCCCAGAAGCAGGGGUCUUCGGGCAGCAAUAAUUCAGCAGAAAAGGCGAGCCAUCGGUACUUUGAAGUGGACCAGAGGAUAUGCUAGCUUCAGUAGUGGCAAACAUGUUGGUCCUUGUUAUUCUUCGAGAUGAUAUACCUGUCAUCAGUACUCAGUAGUGACCGGCUUCAACAAACUUCAGUUUCCUGUCCAGCUCACUCCCUAUCAGGUGUUGUGCGCCUAUCAUCCGGGGAGCUACUGCUCACAAUUAUAAUUUGUCUUUGUCGAGGUAAGUCUUUACUACUCCUUAAGACCCUAACGUAGGCGUCCACACUCAUGCUUAAGUCGUGCAAUUAUGAAUUAGUAAGCAUAUUUAAUACUAGAAUAGUUACUCUAGCCCUGUUCAAAAACCUGAGACUUAAAUCACAAUGCAGUGAGUUAUAUUCAACUUAUUGCUCGACCUGCCAUCCUAUCGCUUUGCAAAUUCGUGAGCGACCCGUCGUUGCAAUCCAAAUGUCGCCAUGUUCCUUCCAGGAUAACAUGACGUGCUCCACCUCGUAGACGGACCUGUGCCACUACUCAUCGUCAGCACGCCAUGACAGCCGCAGCAACAAGGUCACCUCCUCUCGGAACGGUGGCCGGUUCCUCGCCUCCCGCCACAGGAAAAUAUCACUCUCAGAUUUCUUCAUCUAUGGGUCGGCGCAAUCCAAGAGUGACACACACCAGCAAUGAAUGGCUCUGGUAUUGACCAAGAUGAGAACAUGGAACAUUGAGACGUAUGUCAACCCAAUGAAUUGGAUAUUGAAGAAUGGCUGGAUAUAGAUGAACCAGCUGAUAUUUAUGUUCUUAGCUGUUUACGUGCAUCUGUUCGAUCUAUGGCUUCUCGGCGCUCUCCCAGGGAAGAAUGUGCGCCUUCAAAGGAAGGUGAACUUAAGAGUAAAAGCAGCUAAUGAGUUAUAGUUUAACAAAGAUGGCUCAGCUAUCAAGAAGCUCCAGACUGGAGUCAAUAAGCUUGUUACUGCUACUUCCUAACUGGUGCAUAGAUAAUUUAACGCCGCUUGUGCGGCAAUCUCCAUCUAUAUGUGACCUGCAAAAGAUAAAUCCUUAAAUAGUAGGUCAAUUGCGAAGCUUUGUUAGUGAUGAUCCGAUGAUCAAGAACCGAAGCACCUUCAAGAUUGGAACUGCAGAGUGGUCGGGUUCUCAGAUGUAAGCUGCACAACAUUAAGCUAUCUCCCCAUCGAUAUUGCACACUUUAACUUGUUACCAUAUUUAGUUCUUUUGUAUGCCUUUAUAGUGGCUUGUUAAUUUACACUGCUGGUUCCUGCAACCUUUUACAAAUUGGUAAAAAUGAAAAUUGAGAGAGGAAAAUUUGUGCUGAAGCUUUAUUCGUCCUUUGGUUAAGUGAUUACUGAAUGAAAACAAAUUUAAAAAUAGUAAUAAGGUUUUUGUUCUAUCAAACACAAUCAAGAUUUGUUAGCUUGCUUGCUGCUGCUUAGAUCAAUAUUGGUUUCUCACAUCAACUAUGCUAAUGUUGAGGUGAUAAUCAGUCCUUCACUAGCAUAAGGAUGUAUAUGCAGACUAAUUUUUGUCUCCGUUGCAUGGCAUUUGUGUUGUUGUAUACUGCUCAAGUACUGCUUAUGAGAUUGCUUGAACUUUAUCCUAGAGCCUCAAGAGUUGUCGUUGGCCAAAGCUACAUCUAUCUUUCUUUCAGUGUUUUGCUGGAACUGAUAACGUUUCGAGUCUGCAGAAGAAUGAAUCAUAGAAAGUUAAUGUGUGCAUCCAUGGUUGUGGUCUUGACACGGCGGAGCGGACCUCGCUCGGGAAGCUGCUGCAGCCGGUAGACUAUUGAUUGGAACUUUUAGGUCAAUCCCUGUUUUGUUCCCAUGCUUGAAAUUGAUGGUCUUCAUUUUGUUGGUUGUGACAAAAGUCAAAACCGGAUGGAGGAUUGGGCUGACAUGUUACUAAGGAUGUAUGUUAGAUGGGGAGAGAAGCAGCGUUAUAAGACACGAGUAGUUGAGAAAUCACCUGGUGAACAGGCCGGUAUAAAAUCAGCAACUGUUGAACUAGAGGGGAGAUAUGCUUAUGGCUAUCUCUCUGGCGAGAAAGGGACACACAGGAUUGUUCGUCAAUCACCAUUUAAUGCUAAAGGGCUUCGGCAGACAAGCUUUGCUGGUGUUGAGGUUAUGCCUCUUCUACCAGAGGAAUCCAUGGCUGUGGACAUACCUGAAGAGGACCUGGAGAUAAGCUUCACAAGAGCUGGAGGUAAAGGAGGCCAGAACGUGAACAAGGUGGAAACGGCUGUUCGCAUGGUUCAUAUUCCAACUGGAAUUGCAGUUCGCUGCUCAGAGGAGAGGAGCCAGCUGGCCAACAAAAUAAAGGCCCUCAGCCGGCUCAAAGCGAAGCUGCUGGUGAUCGCCCUGGAGCAGCGUGCAUCAGAAAUCAAGCAGAUCCGUGGAGACAUUGUGAAGGCAGAGUGGGGGCAGCAGAUACGCAACUACGUCUUCCACCCCUACAAGUUCGUCAAGGAUGUCAGGACAGGGUGUGAGACGUCGGACAUCACUGGCGUAAUGGAUGGAGAGCUAGAUCCCUUUAUCAGAGCAUACAUUAAGUACAAGCUAACUGCGGCAGCUACCAGCUGAUUUUUGUUGAGGAGCAUAGCGAUGAGUGAUACCUACAUCCAUUGUAUUAUGUUGUAGUAUGAGGUUUUCAUCUCUCUUGAUUUAGUAUAAUUUCAUAGCACUAGCAAUCUAGCAUUGUAUUUAUUGAUCUAGGAAUCGAAGUGGAAACAUGG